AUGACCAUUGCCCAGGCCCAAGGAGCGGAUUCUAAGCUCUUUCAGCCGCUCGCCAUUGCCAAUGGCAAGCUCACUCUGAGCCACCGGGUGGUACACGCCCCCCUGACACGCAACCGGGGCGAACCGUUGAACUCAAACAGUACUCCCGAGAAUCCCAAUCGGAUCUGGUACCCUGGGGACCUGGUCGUCGAAUAUUAUCGUCAACGGGCAACUCCAGGCGGGCUGAUCAUCUCGGAAGGCAUCCCUCCAUCGCUGGAGAGCAAUGGAAUGCCAGGAGUCCCCGGUCUUUUCACGGAAGAGCAGGCCGCUGGAUGGAAGCGAGUCGUUGAUACUGUCCACGCCCAGGGCGGCUACAUCUAUUGCCAGCUGUGGCACGCCGGCCGUGCUACCGUCCCCCAGAUGACCGGCUUACCCCCAGUUUCAGCCUCCGCCAGCGUUUGGGACGACCCCGAAGAGCGCUACACCCACCCCGCCGUGGGAGCGUCGGAGCCGGUUCGCUAUGCAGACCACCCUCCGAUUGAAUUGACGGUCGCGCACAUCAAGCAAACCAUCCAGGACUAUUGUAAAGCCGCCAAGACUGCCAUGGACAUUGGCUUCGAUGGCGUUGAACUACACACCGGUAAUGGUUAUCUCCCGGAGCAGUUCUUGAGCUCAAACAUCAACCGACGGACAGACGACUACGGCGGAUCUCCAGAGAAGCGCUGCCGCUUCGUACUGGAGUUGAUGAACGAACUGGCUCAGACGGUUGGCCAGGAGAAUCUGGCGAUUCGACUCACGCCGUUUGGACUGUACAACCAGGCACGUGGUGAACAGCGCGUGGAAACCUGGACUUAUCUGUGCGAGUCGCUGAAACAGGCGCACCCCGGUCUAUCAUACGUCAGCUUUGUGGAGCCGCGCUACGAGCAAAUUCACAGUUACGAAGAAAAGGAUGCCUUCCUCCGCAGCUGGGGCCUUCCGAGUGUCGACCUCUCCUCCUUCCGCAAGAUCUUCGGCUCGACCCCCUUCUUUUCGGCUGGCGGCUGGGACCAGACCAAUUCUUGGGGCGUCCUGGAGGCCGGGAAGUACGAUGGUCUCCUCUAUGGACGGUACUUCACGAGCAACCCGGACUUGGUGGAGAGACUGCGCAGGGGCAUUCCCUUUGCACCUUAUGAUCGCACUCGGUUCUAUGGACCCUUUGAGGAUAACGCAUUCCACUAUGUGGACUACGAGCCUGCUCCGCAGAGCUCAGCCGGAUGGGAUUCCACAAAGGUCCAGGUCCGACUAUGA